AUGAAAAGUCCAUCGUUUGAUAGUGGCCGGCGCCGGAGUUCUAGCUCCGGCUUACCGGCAAAGAUGAUCCACUCGCGGAGUUCCUCUAACUAUUCCUCUUCCACUGCUUCUACCUCUUCGCACAAGUCAACCACCGGUUCCACUAAGAACCCCGUCAAGAACGCCGCCCGUUCUAUGGCCGACGCGUUGGUGGCUUGUUUUACGCCGCCGGAGACGCCCAAUAACUCCGGCGACUUGAGUGUUUCUUCAGAUAAGUCGGAUACUUCAAAUUCUGGUGGCAAGAGAAGAAGUAAUUCAUAUCGGGGAAUCUAUGGUAGUUCCAGCAAUUCAACGUGCAAAGGAGGAGAACCGGGGACUACUAAAUUCACCAUUGAAGAAAUCUAUAAGGCCACCAAAAAUUUUUCGCCUAGCUUCAAAAUUGGACAAGGAGGUUUUGGGACAGUCUACAAGGGUCGACUCGAAGAUGGAACUUUGGUUGCAGUUAAACGUGCUAAGAAGAUUGUCUAUGAUAAACAUUUAGGGACGGAGUUUCAGAGUGAGGUUCGAACACUGGCACAAGUGGAACAUCUAAAUCUAGUAAAAUUUCAUGGUUAUUUGGAGCACGGAGAUGAAAGGAUUAUUGUUGUCGAGCACGUUCCAAAUGGAACCCUUAGAGAACAAUUGGACUGUGUGCAUGGUAAUGUUCUUGAUUUUGCUGCAAGGUUAGAUAUUGCAAUAGACGUGGCGCACGCAGUAACCUACCUCCACAUGUACACAGAUCAUCCCAUCAUCCAUAGAGAUAUCAAGUCUUCCAACAUUCUUCUCACGGAGAACCUACGAGCUAAAGUAGCUGACUUUGGUUUUGCUCGGCUAGCCGCUGACAGUGAAUUGGGAGAGACACAUGUUUCGACCCAAGUAAAAGGAACUGCUGGCUAUUUAGACCCUGAAUACCUGAAGACCUACCAACUUACAGAGAAGAGUGAUGUUUAUUCAUUCGGUGUAUUAUUAGUGGAACUAAUUACAGGCAGGCGUCCGAUUGAGCCAAAACGGGAGCUGAAGGAACGGAUUACUGCUAGAUGGGCUAUGAAGAAGUUUACUGAUGGAGAUGCAAUCUUAACUUUGGAUCCAAGGCUGCAGAGGUCCCCUGCAAAUAACUUUGCAAUGGAAAAGAUUCUUGAAUUAGCCUUGCAAUGUUUGGCUCCUCAUCGACAUAACAGGCCUCCCAUGAAGAAGUGUGCGGAGAUUCUUUGGAGUAUACGCAAGGAUUACAAAGAAUUCUCGACUUCAAAUACCCCUUCACUCUCUUCGAAUGCUCAGAGUGAUUUUCACUGCCCAGACGUUCCAAGCUUCCAACCGGCGAGAAGAAAAUCCAGAAACACCGGCCGAAAGUCAGCCUUCACACUCCCAAACCGUAGCGAAAAUCGAAGUGUGAGGACCACAAUCUUCUAA